AUGGCCUCCAAGCCCCAGGACCAGCUCCCUGCAAAUCCUUGGAUUACUGACGACGGCAGCCCGCUCCGGGGAUUCUACUGGAUGAGAGCCGACCCCAAGGUACAACCUAACUACUGGGUCCAGCGCAAGAAAGUGUGUGGAUGCCGACAGCACUUCUCAACCCAGUGGCCGGUGGACCAUGUGGUGAUUGGUCCUCCUGGCCCGAUGCCGUUUCGUCUCACAGUCGAGAUGAUGCCCGUCCCUGAUCCUCCGGCUGCAGUGUACACAAGAACAGUUCACCAUGGCUACCUUGUGAGCCGACUCAAAGGAAAGACAUGA